UCAGCGGUCACGUGGUAGCGUCGUCACGUGACCAGGAAGCGGCGAUGUGUUGUUGUUUACUAAGGUGUCGUCCAUACAUGGCGACAGCGAGCUUCUUCUCUUCUUUUCUUUUUCUUUUUUUUGUAGCUGAGAUGAUUUCAAUCACACAAUCACACACUGCUCGGACCGUGAGCCUCUCUGUCACUCCUCUGUGAUCUUCAUCUUUAUCAUCAUCACCAACAACAACAACAACAUGGCGUCUUCAAGUUACACCUGCAUCCAUGACAGCGCCACAGAAAAGGAUCAGCUGCUCUCCUCCAUGACCAAUUAUGGGUCCCAGGACCUUCUUGGGAGUGCGAGUCCUCGUCCCAGCGUACUUGUGGGCGCUGGGCUCCACCAGCAGCAGGAGGAAGAGGAGGAGGAGGAGGCUCUGAGGAGGAAACUCAAGUACUUCUUCAUGAGCCCCUGUGACAAGUAUCACGCCAAAGGGCGGAAGCCUUUCAAACUGGGCCUGCAGCUGCUCAAAAUCAUCAUUGUGACCGUGCAGCUGGUGCUGUUUGGACUCAGCAACCAGAUGGUGGUGACGUUUAAGGAGGAGAACACGGCGGCGUUCAAACACCUGUUCCUGAAGGGUUACCAGGACAGCGCUCCUCAGGCAGUCCACACGCAGAGGGAGCUCUACGACCACCUACACUUCGCCAUAGAGCAGUACAUGGCUCUGCCUGAGAUCACGCUGGGACAGUACGCCUACGUGUUGGACGUGGGUUUCAACAGGAGCGCGCUCUCCCUCUGCCAGAGAUACUUCCAGAGAGCCACCAUCGACCCCGUCAAUGACACCUUUGACAUCGACCCCCACGUGGUCACCUAUUGCAUCGGAGUGAAUCCACUGACAUCCGGAAACGGUGACUACAAGAAUUUCACUCUCCAGUUUUACAAGCUGAUCAAUAUAACUAUUGACUUCCAACUGAAGGCCAUUAACAUUCAGACCAUAAUAAACAAUGAAAUCCCUGACUGCUACACCUUUGCCAUUACGAUCGUCAUGGAUAACCGGGCUCACAGCGGCAAAGUUAAGAUCAGUCUACAGAACCAGGCCUCCAUCACCGAGUGUAAAGACCCCAACGUGUCCGGACACGCUGAGAAUUAUGCCCGGGAGUUCUUUGAUGUGCUGGUGGCCGUCGUCUGUCUGCUGUCUCUGCUGCUGUGCGGACGCUCCGUCCUCAGAGGCAUCGUCCUGCAAUACGAGUAUGUGCAGUUUUUCAACGACAGACUCGGCCGCAGCGUCGCCUGGGGAGACAGGAUGGAGUUUAUUAACGGCUGGUACAUCCUGCUCAUCGUCAGCGACGUGUUCACGAUCGUGGGAAGCUUCAUCAAGAUUGGGAUUGAAUCCAAGAAUUUGUCAUCGUAUGAUGUAUGCGCCAUCCUGCUGGGAACCUCCACUCUGCUGGUGUGGGUGGGAGUCAUCCGCUACCUCAGCUUCUUUCAGAAAUACAAUAUCCUGAUUGUGACUCUGAGAGCUGCUUUUCCUAACGUUAUCCGCUUCUGCUGCUGUGCAGCUGCCAUUUAUCUGGGCUAUUGCUUCUGUGGAUGGAUUGUCCUGGGGCCCUAUCAUGCCAAGUUCCGCUCCCUGUCCAUGGUGUCCGAGUGUCUGUUUUCUCUGAUCAACGGCGACGACAUGUUCAUAACGUUCGAGGAGAUGGAGCGAAGUGGAACGCUGGUGUGGAUCUUCAGCCAGGUCUACCUCUACACCUUCAUCUCGCUCUUCAUCUACAUGGUGCUGUCCCUCUUCAUCGCACUCAUCACCGGAGCCUACGACACCAUCAUGGCACAAACACAGGAGCAGGUGCGCAUCAAUAACCUGCACGCGUUCAUCGCUGAGUGCACCGACACUCCCAGCUCUGGCAAGUUCCGUGGGCCUGAGGGGUCAUCGUGCUCUUUCCUCUGCUGCUGUGAGUGGUGAGGAGGAGGAGGAGGAGGAGG